AUGGAACACCAGACACUUCCACUUUCUUGUUCUCCAAAGUUUUCAACCCAUAUGUUAUUUGUUUGUCUUCUGAUCUUUGCCACUUUAACGCCUGCCUCUGCCAACUUCUACAAGAACAUUGAUCACACAUGGGGAGACGACAGAGUUCAAAUACUCGACAAUGGCCAAGUCAUCCGAGUCACCCUCGAUCAAACCUCGGGCUCCGGCUUUCAAUCUCGAGGUGAAUAUUUAUUUGCCAAGAUUGAUUUGCAAAUCAAGCUUGUUCCUGGAAACUCUGCUGGCACUGUCACUGCAUUUUACGUGUCGUCUACAGGGGAGUUUCACGAUGAGAUAGACUUUGAAUUCUUGGGGAGAGUUGAAGGGGAUCCUUACAUUCUACAGACCAACAUGUUCCUCCAUGGCGUCGGCAAAAGAGAGACCCAAUUCUUCCUUUGGUUUGACCCCACAGCUGAUUUUCACAAUUACACCAUUCUCUGGACUCCUCUUCAUAUCGUGCUGUCAGUUGAUGGGAUUCCGAUCAGAGAGCUGAAGAACAAGAAGGAAAAGGGAGCUCCAUUCCCACUCCGGCAGCCGAUGAGGAUAUACGCUAGCUUGUGGAACGCAGACAGCUGGGCCACAAGAGGUGGAGCGGUGAAGAUUGACUGGACCAAGGCGCCGUUCCGAGCAUGGUACAAGAAUCUAAGCGCCGAUGGUUGCUUGUGGUCCGAUGGGAAGUCCAAUUGCAGUUCAAGUUCAGCGUCGUGGCUGUCGUCCACGCUGGAUCGUGUAAGCCAACGGCGCAUGAAAUGGGCUCAGACCAAAUAUAUGUUCUAUGAUUACUGCACUGACACCAAGCGUUUCCCUCAGGGUCUUCCUCUUGAAUGUUGAUGUGAAAUCACAAUCACAUAUAUACCCCUUUCAUUUUGGGUUCAAUUUCUCAAAACUAAGUGAACGCUUUGCAUA